GCGGCGGCUCUGGGGGCAUGGCCGCCUCCAAGAAGGCCGCAGAUCUGGGGGCCAAGGUGGCCGUCGCUGACUUCGUGAAGCCCUCCCCAGCUGGCACCACCUGGGGACUCGGCGGCACUUGCGUCAACGUAGGCUGCAUCCCGAAGAAGCUCAUGCACCACGCCGCGCUCUUCCGCGAGAGCAUGUCCGACGCCCACGGCCUCGGCUGGGACACCAGGGCCUCGCACAGCUGGGAGGACAUGGUGACCAAGGUGAACACGUACAUCAAAUCCCUGAAUUGGGGCUCCAAGACCGAGCUGCGUUCCAAGAACGUGACUUACUUCAAUUCGUUCGCGACCUUCGAGGAUCCCCACACUUUGUCGCUGGACAACGGCAAGGGCAAAGUGCAGAAGGUCACUGCCAAGUACAUCCUCAUCGCGUGCGGCGGCCGGCCGAACUUGGGCGGCUACCCUGGUGUCGAGGAGUGCUGCAUCAGCUCCGACGACAUCUUCUGGCAGAAGAAGGCUGGCUGCUUGUUUGGCUGUGGGUGGUUGGCUGGCUUGUGCGAGUGGUCUGUCUGCAUGGAUGGUCGGAAUGAGCUGUGGGUGCGUGUUGUCGGAGGGGUUGGCCGCCCAGGCUGGGUGGUCUGA